UUCCACAUUAUGGAAAGCUUGGUGUUUGGGUGUUGACGGAAAAGUUUUAUUUUGGUGCAUUUUUAGCAUUUUGUGAUGUGAUUUUGUGGGUGAAAAGUGCGGAAAAACGUAAAGGGUAUGCCAAUGGCUAGGUUGAAUGUGAAAUUGUGUUUACGGUGCAUACGGCAAAUGCUUAAAUUGAGCCAAAAGUGCGUUGAUGCUCGAUUUGUGUGAGGAAGAAGGGGGAGAGCGCAAUGGAUGAUCAGCAGCCGGAUUCCACGAAGAAAUUGGCAGAAGGGCGGGAAUUUGCGAAUCCGGGCGGCGAUCGUCUCACCUUUGAUGCGGCAAAAUUGUCCGCCAGCGAUAUUGAUGUCAUUAUCUUGGGGAAUUCAUGCACAGACGCCACCACGACCAAUUCGAUGGUGAACAAAGACAUUGAGUACCGUCUGGGCUGUCCGGGCAGCCCAGCACCCACAUCCACGACGUACCAGACGUUCCAGCAGCACACCUACGAGAUCCCCCAGGCGCCGUCGGGGGAGAAGCUGGACGAUGGCCGGCAGCAACCUGCAUUGCCCAAGCUCACGAUAAAACGAACGGCUCCGCCCCAGAUAACGUCGUUCUUCCGUGAUGCAGCCCCCAUGGUGAAUUCCGGCACACACGAUGGGGUUGCCACGGGCACGGAGGGGUUGAGCCACAAGGAGCCCGAUGAGGUGCAGCCGAAGCUGAAGUUGAAAAUAACAAAGGACACCCAAGUGGCCACGGAAUACCAGCCAAUCCCAAAGCUCACCAUCAAGACGAACUACUUAGAGCAGGGCAGCAGUACCACCGUCAUCCGGGAGGAUAUUCCCGAGCAGCUGCCCAAGCUGAAGCUCAAAACUACUUACAAAGCCGAAGAGAUGACUCCGCUGGAGAUUGUCACGCCUUCCCAGAAGAUUGCUCUGGAUUCCGAGGAGACGUGCCAGAAAUCACCACGAAUCAUCCUCAAGAUCAACAAGAAUGCCAGCUAUUGUGUCUCCACGACAAAUUGCACGGAAACCACCAAAUCCGAAGCACCACCACCGCCGCCGGCUGUCAUUCCAUCCCCACCACCAAUUCCCUCCCCUCCUGCAUCUCCCGUGCACACAGGGAAAGGAGGAGGCGGCACCCCGACGCCCCCAUCGGAGGAGAAUGGCGAUGUGACGGGAAACAGCGGUGGGGAGGAAGUGACGGAGAAUCAGGUGAAUUCCACCGAUAUGGAUUGUAUGCUAAUUGAUGAGCACGAAAGCAAUGGGGAGAUCCUCAAGGCGGACCUCCCGCUGAGUAGCACAAAUGAGAUGAGCGAUGUGUCCUUUUCCAAUUCAAUCGCCGACAAUUGCAUCAUUGUACCGGAUGAGAGCAAUUCGGAUUGCUUGAUUGUCAAGAGUAGCAACAGCGAGGAUCCGCUGCAGCUGCAGAACUUCAACGAAUGCUUCCCCACCUUCGAGGGUUUGCCAUCAGGGGAGAAUUCCAUCGUGGAACCCCUGCAGGAGCCUGAGGUGCCCAUAAAGCGUCGCCGUGGGCGCCCCAGGAAGCACCCCCUGCCCGAUAGUACGGGCACACCGACCCCAAUGCCGGAUUCAACGACAAACCACCAGCGGAGUCCGAGUCCAACGCGCAAAGUGCGGAGGAAACGAACGCGAAGGACACCAGUGGCAACGCCAAAAGUACAAACUCCCAAGACACCUCCAGCUAGGCAGAAAUUCAAUAAGAAUAAAUACUUUAGGCAGAAGAUGCUCCAAGAGACGCUAAAUAAUUCAAUUCAACUCUUCGAGGAGGACACCAGGAUGAGCGGAGAGAUCCCCACGACGUCCUCCAAGAAACAAUCAGGGACACCCAAAGUAGUCCAGUCGAGUUCCCAAAAGACGAUGGAUUCGUCAAGUUUAGGUGAGGAUAGCAGCAGUAAAACCAUCACGAAGAAAUCCCGCGGAAGGAUGGAAGUAAACGAGGAGGGCGGGACGGAAUUCACGGUGGAAAUGCUGGCAGAGUACGACUGGCCCCCACCUGUUGGGUGCUGCCCAAAUAAGAAUCGUGACACGUACAUGCUGCAGGAGCAAAUAGCGGAAUUGUUGGGUGUGAAGAGCUUCAAGCGCAAGUAUCCGUACUUGUACAGGCGCCCCGUGGAGAUGGAGGAGCGGAAUUACCUGAUUGAGAAGAAACUCGUGUCGGAGAAGAUGUCCAAUCUCGGGCUGACGGCCGUCUAUGCCGUGGAUAUUCUGGAUAUAAUGUACCAGGAUUUCAACGAUAAGUACGAAGAGUACAAGAAGUACCACCGGGAGAAGCAGCUACGGGAUGCCACAAGUAGGCAGCAGAAGGGCGUGAAAGUGCACGAAGUUGACAAGGCCACGGUGCAUGAGAAAGCCCUCAAAUCCACGGCGUCCUGGAACACCAAACUCAAUAAAAUGCGCAAUGAGAAUCGCGCGGGCUGCAUCGAUUUGCAGACCUUCGUUGUCAAUGUGCCGCGGAGGAAGAAGACAACGCCGACGCCGGUUAUCUCAGAUCCAGCGGCGUCGGCGUAUCCGGUGGAGCUGAUACCAGGACAGUAUUCGACGCAGUGGGAAUUCUACACGCCCGCCAGCCUCAUCUACUACCCGCUAAAGACAGCGCGGCCCCUCAAUGAGGAGCCCCACGCGUGGUUGCUGAAUAAUCACACAAAGGAGCCACCUCCGGGGAGUUCGUCGGAGAGCUCAUCGGAUUCCGGAUCGGAAAGUAGUUCAGGGGCGUCCAGUGAAUCCUUCUCAGACUCUGAAGAUGAAAAUGCAAAGGAUGAUUAUUGUGCGAUGUGCCCAAAGGAGGAGAAUCCACCGCAAGAAAGGAAGGCGAUGCACAGCAAAGAUGAUCACAGUAGUGCCACCAGUCCGUGUAAACGGAAAGGUGAUUAAGAGGAAAAGAAAGAAGAACAAAAAAACAUCCAAAGGGGCCGCAAAAUGCGUGCAUAGCGAAUGAUAUUUUUCCUUUUUGCGAUCUUCACAUCAAUCACCAUCCAUCUUCACCACCACCACCACCACCACCACCACCACCCCCUAAAUGGGCGCCUCAUCGGACAACAACAAAAAAAACUUAUUUAUGACGCGAAAGAUUUAUUUCUUUACAAAAAAAAUUCUCUAUUAUUAUUAAAUGAAUAAAUAAAAAGAAAAACUUUUCAGUCGCGACGGCCAUCUGGUUUAUCAGUUGGCCUUAAUUGUUUCCCCCUCCCUCCCCCUUUUUUUAAAUAAAUCCUUUGUCCCUCCUUUUUGUUUUAGAGGAAGGAAAUGAUUAAUGAAGAUAAAAAAAAACAAGAGAGUAAAAUAUAGGCAAAAAUUGUAAUAAGAUGAAGGAAAUAACAGUGGAAGGAAUUAAUACAGUGAAUCAUUUCUUUUGUAA